AUGUCACUUGAACAAAUCAAAGAUCAGCUAGCUCGGAUUUUUGGUAAAGUUUAUCAGCAACAACAGCUAACUGAUGAUAUUAUUUCAGAUAAUCUUUCAGUACGCAAGCUUGUAAUUAUAGUUCGCCUACUGAAGUUAUCUGAUAAACCAGCAAGCUCUCUCAGGAAGCCAAUUUUAUGCAGUUUGCUACUUGAAUUUUUAAAUUCCGACCAAAUGAAGAUCAAAUACCAGAAGGCAAACGAAGAUCGAGAAAAGAGAGCAAAGCAACGAGCCGAAAGGAGGGUGGAAAAGGCCGCACAAAAGGCACAAACUCAAAAUGAACAACCAACUUUACAGGCUGAACCACAAACAAAGUUGGAAUAUCUUAGAUCGUCAAGGAAGGCUGCAGCGGCCGCAGCCGAAGAAAAACGAGAACUUUCUAAGAGUGAGUCUCAUGGUUCGAUGACAGACUUAGAUAAAAUUAAUAAACAGUCAGGAAAGAUGUCGUCAUCAUCUUCGCUUAUACAAGCGCCACAAUUUGCUCAACCUGCUUCAGGAAUGAGGUUUGAUUUGCAAUUUACAACAUUAAAAGAUUCAUCGAAAGCGCUACAGUGCCUUCAAAAGAUGAAUGCUUUUGUUUGGGAGUUAUCCGAUAGGAUAACUGAGCUCGAAAGAGCUAUUUCAAUUUUAGUUUUACGAAUAUCAGAGGCAGAGAAGACAUUGUUGUGA